AUGUCAGAGGAUUUUCACUGUGGGUCAGAGCCAGAAUCAGAGGAGGAAUUUAACUCAGAAUACGAGAGUUCCGAGUUUGAGUACGAAGAUGAGGCCUAUUUGGAUGAUGAUAACAUGGAGAAAGUAGAGGUCCAUUACACUUUCCAGGUGAGCAAGACAAGAAUGGGAACACCAACCCAUCGUAUGAAAUAUAUGCCUGUAAGUGUUGAAGACGUUCAGAAGUCUUUAGAUGAUAAAGUGAUGCAAUUGAACCAAAUCUUACAAAUAGGAAUUGAUGAGUGCCGAAUCUUGUUAAUCGAGUAUGACUGGAAUGACGAUAGGCUACUGGAGGAUUUCACCAGUAGGAAGACGGAGGAUUUUUAUAAGGCUUCUGGAAUUAUUUCAGACUUAUAUGCGAAGAAGGACAAUGAAGAUUUGUUAGAAAAGAUCACUGACGAAUCCUUUGAAUGCAAUAUCUGUUACAACUCACCAAGCAAGAAGAGGCCAUUAGAAGCUUUCCGGCUUCAAAAUUGCAAUCAUCCUUUUUGUACAAAUUGCUACAUUAGGUUCAUUCAAGAGGCAAACGCUAAUUCACAACUUUUAAUCAGAUGUCCAAAUUCUGAAUGCAAUCAUGUACUAAGGAUAAGCGAGAUCGAGCAACUUAGUGAGUACGAUUGGCAGCGGCGGAAGAAGUUGGACGACCAGAAGCAACUAGAGAAUAAGGAAAGAGCACGCGUUCCUUUGACAGAGGAUCAGAUAAGAGAGAAGUAUCAAAAGAACGAGCAGGACUCUGAUUUAUCCGACUUCUCUGACCUAGAGAUAGGGGAUCCAUCAGAAGUCAACGAUAGCGACAGCAAAAAAGAUAGUAACGAUAAUAAGACGAUAGAUAACGUGGAGGUUGAGCCGGCAAAGGAGUUGUUCAAUUUUCAAGAACGAAUGCUCCUUAAAGAACGAGAGGAACGAGAGCGCCGGAGAAACUCCACUUUACUUUCGAAAUACUGGUUCAAUGCUACCACAAUGUAUUGUUCAAAGAACUACAAAAACUUCAAGAAUUGUCCGUUUCCUGACUGUGACUCUUUAGUUAUGCAGCUUGGAUUUGAUUCUUCGACAGUGGCCACACUUGCCGAGUAUACUAAAAGAUUAUUGAUACCAAGUGUUCAAUGCUCCCAUAAGCAUGAAUUCUGCUACAACUGUUUGAAAGAGGAUCAUUCACCUUGCCCCUGUGCAAUAGUUAAAAAAUGGGAGAGAAAGUGUAAGGACGAUUCGGAAACAGCUCAUUGGAUUGUUGCCAACACUAAAGACUGCCCCAAGUGUUCUUCGCCAAUAGAGAAAAACGGAGGUUGCAAUCAUAUGGUGUGUAGAAGUUGUCAACAUCAGUUCUGCUGGGUAUGCUUGAAGGACUGGGCCUGUCAUGGUAACAUGAAUUAUAACUGUAUCAUGUACGAUGAAGGUACACAAGAAGCCAAAGUUGAACAAGAGAAGAACAGAAAGUCGUUGGAGAGAUAUAUGUUCUAUUUCCGCCUUUUUGCUAACCAGAGGACUUCCUUUGAGAAGGAUAAGAAGUUCCUAGAACAAUUCGAGAGUAGGAUCCAAGAGAUACAGCGAAAUAGCAGCAUAUCAUGGAUCGAAACUUUGUUCUACAGGGAAUCGGUUGAUAUUCUUCUUAGGGCCAGACGAGAAUUGAUGUGGUCAUAUGCCAUAAUGUACUACAUAGAUUCAAAGUGCCCUCGUCAAUUACUAGAGGGUGUCCAAUGCACGCUUUCACAUCAAGUUGAAAGGCUCUCCAUGUUGUUUGCGGAUACGGAGGCAAAUUUAAAUCUUCGACAGAAGAGCAAAUUCCUCAACUACAGCAGCAUGGUGAAGAAGUCGAGAGACUCACUUAAAGAGACAUACUUAGAUUGCAUCACCAAUGGCAUAAUUAAACUCACCCGGAUUUAG